GGUCCAAAAAUCAUCCAGAUGUAGCCGUUGAUUGUAACCAUGUUUGUCACGGCAAUGGUAAUUCGGCCCCAUGGAUAUCUUGAGCCUUCCAAAUAAUUGACAACCAUACCAACAACCAGAAUAAGUGUAGAAACAACUAAUGUCCAGAUAGCCAUGCGGAAUCCAUUGAAUGCGUUGGCAACCUUGCGCAUACGAAAGUACAGCACCCAAGACAAUACGAUCAUGAUAAUGAAAUAAAUGUUUGUCCAUAGCAAAUACCCCAUACUGAAUGUACAGACACGCAAGCCGUAAUCAUCUAGAAGCCACGCUCCCUGCUGACCCCUGAGAGCUGAAAUCACAAUGCCAGUGACAAGUGAAGGCAACCACAGUGCAAAGAAUGGCCAGAACCGACGAGAAAAGUUGACGAUAUCGCUAUUCGAGCGCGUUGUCGUAUUGCCUGUAAUGAAAACACGGUAGAAUAGCACUAGUCGCAUGUUGAUGGCAGACAGGAAUACGGACAGACCAAGUGUAAACAUCCCCCAGACUCCCCAAAGUCCACACAACCCAAGUGCGCCGCCAUAUCCAACCAUGCCUUGCAUUAGAUUAUUCGAUAUGUUAAGUAUAAUGCCGCCGACACCAAUUAUGACCGUUAUGCUAACAUGUUGAGCCUUCAUGGGUGGGAAGUUCCUGAACCAAAUGGCAUAAGCCAAAGGGAAAAUCGAGGCUAAGGUGAUGCCAAUAGAAAAGUAAAAUAUACCUACUUCUGCUUUAGAUGGAAGCUCGAAUUUAUCGUUUGGCGACAGUGGGCCAUGGUUGACCAUU